CCCACCCAACUAGUGAUGUAUCUUUCUAUAUAUAAUUUAUAUUCACAUGCUCAACCCUUGUAUUCAUCCAAUCCACACAUAUUCAUAACAACACCAAGAAAGGAUAAACAAGUAAAAGCUAUGCCGAUCCGAUCUAGCCCUUUCUUCAAUAUGGAGAGCUCGGCUGUGCUCUCUAUGUUGCGGCACACCGGCAAGUCCAUGGAUUCUAAACAUCCAAAGAAAUCUUCAGGAAGCAUCGGUGGCGGGGUACUCAAAAUGUUCAAACUCUUGCCAAUGCUAUCAUCCGGUUGCAAGAUGGUGAACUUGUUAAGUAGAGGGCAUCGAAAACCCUUACUUAAAGACUUUGCAACUACGGGAACAAUAUUCGGGUUCCGCAAAGGAAGAGUGUUUCUUGCAAUACAAGAAGAUCCUCAUUGCCUGCCAACGUUCAUCAUCGAGCUCCCCAUGCUGACCUCGGCGCUGCAGAAGGAGAUGGCCUCGGAGACCGUGAGGAUUGCUCUAGAAAGCGAAACAAAGACACCGAGGAAGAAGGUGUUGGAGGAGUUUGUGUGGGGGAUUUACUGUAACGGACGGAAAAUCGGGUAUUCGAUAAGGAGAAAGAACAUGAGCGAGGAGGAGAUGUAUGUGAUUGAUGCACUAAGAGGUGUUUCCAUGGGAGCUGGAGUUUUACCAUGUAGAGACCAAUACGAGCAAGAGACAGAAGGAGAAAUGACUUACAUGAGAGCUCGUUUCGAUAGAGUUGUUGGGUCUAAGGACUCUGAAGCAUUGUAUAUGAUUAACCCUGAAGGUAGUGGUCAGGAUACAGAGCUUAGUAUCUUCUUUCUCCGGUCUCAUUAAUUGUUGUUACACGUUUCUUUUUGACGUCCGUUUUUACUCUGUUUUAAAGUCAAUUAAAUGGUGAUAAAAAUAAUAUUU